CGGAGAUAAUAAAAGUAUUUCAUGAGAAUAACACAAAAUAAUGAAAAUUGCUGUCAAAAGCACAUGAUUACGAUCAUGUUUUGAAACAUUUGUCAACUUUCGCCUGUUUGAUAUUCCCAGGCUGAAGGAAAAUGUCCUGCUACGGAUGUGGAGCUAGUUUUGGUCUUUUCUCUAAAGAGCAUGGUUGUAAAAAUUGUGGAUUUGCUUUCUGCGGAAAAUGUCUGACCAAGAAAUACGCAAUCCCGAAGCUUAACAAUGAGAAGCACAAAGUCUGUAAUAAAUGUUACAACAUUUUAACAGGGAAAAUAAAUCCUGAAGAGAAAAAGAGAGAUCGUUCUCCACCUGAAGCCUAUAAAAAGAGAAUAGCAGCAUUACAAGAGAGGGGAGAGCACAGUAAAACAUCACAUUCCAAGAAUCCUACAAUAACAGCCAAAGGGGGAACCAAACUCCCCACCGGGCAUUCUAGAGCAGAGCGGGAGAUUGCAGAGAGGCUCCAAAAACUCAAGGAAAAACCUCCAGAACAAGUUGCCAAAGAGAAUGUCUCGGAAAAGGAAAUCAAAGAGAGGCUAGCCCGAUUAAAGGGGGAGAAUGCAGCCAUUCAAGUCACUGAUAAAAAGCCUGUGUACAAGCCUCCUGACAACAGAACUCAGCAGUUGCAGAUCGACGACCUUCUGGAUGAAAUCUCUAAUGAAGUGGACAUGGACAGUCGCCUCCCCAACUCCCAAACAGAGCUGGAGGGCAGGCUGGCCAACCUUAAAGGGGAGAGAGACCAGAAUGCAGACAAAAAAGAAAAUGAUCUCAAUCGAGGAGAAACCAAAGAUACCAAGCCAUACAUAAAAAACAUUACGAGUGAUGAUGACAAAAAAUCUAAUGAGGAGGGUGGUGAGAUCAGUGCAGAGGAAAUCAACAAGAUAUUGGAGGAAACGUCGAAGGAAUGUGAGCUGGAGGCAAGGCGAGCAUUGAACAAUCUACGGAAAGAUAAAGAAAUCAUGAAACGGCUACAGGAAAUUAAAAGUCAGCAAAAAAAUGAUGUCAACAAGCAAGGUGAUGGUUCAGGAACUGAUGACCCAGAAAAUCAACCUGAAAAUUCAGACACUGAUAAUGAGGAACAACUAGCUAGUGACCUCAUCCAACAGAUAGUAGAGGAGGACAAGCUGGAUGAGGCAGCAGCCAAAGAUGGAAUCUCAACUAAAAAUAGUGACAGAAAAGCUCGGAAAACCCCAAAACAAGAACAGGGGGAGGUUGAUGAAGAUGAACUCCCAUAUUGCUGUAUUUGUACAGAGGAUGCCACGAUCAGAUGCCAUGGCUGUGACCUUGACCUCUAUUGCAACCGCUGUUGGAAGAUGGCAUCCCCAAGGAAAGGUAAGAGGACAACAUCAAAGUCUACAUCUAGAAGUAGAUCAAGGAGCCGUUCCCGCAGUCGCAGCAGAAAAGUUCCAAAGUCACCACCAACAGAGAGGAAGACUCGAUCACCUGCCCGCACUAAGGCUUCAUCCCCAGGGAGAUCUAAGGCUGCCACACCCACCCGAGGAAAGUCCGACUCUCCAGCCAGAAGUCGUCGGUCAGUGGAACGAGCAGUCACCCCCAUCAGGAGGUCAGCCAGGCUUGAAAACAAGGCAAAGGACCCAGAGAAAAGGGAACCAGUUGAGAUGCCGUCAAUGGAUGAACCAAAGAGAGUAAUAACUAAAACGACACAGCGCGAGUUUGGUGGGGCCAUUGGAGCCUUCUUUAUGCUGUUUUUGUUGCCAGGAACAGUAUACGGUCUGAACCAAAUGUGUGACAAGAAAAGUUGUAAGCCACGUAAGAUCAAGAUUCCCACUGCUCUGACAGAGUACUUUGACUUGGAAGCUGCAGCCAUUUACCUGGGCUGGUUUGCCUUCCAGGCUGUGAUAUACAUGCUGCCAAUUGGACGCCUGGUCAAAGGUCAACCAUUGAGAUCUGGACAAAGACUGACAUACAGGUGUAAUGGAUUUUACGCCCUGCUGAUUAGUUUAGCAGCAUUUGGUGCAGCUAUUUACUUCAAAUACCCGGUGCAGAAAGUUCAUGACAAGUUUUUGGCCCUUAUUACCACAGGAACAAUUUUCUCUUUUGUGACAAGUAUUCUUCUAUAUAUCAAAGCUAGACGUGGAUCUAAAAGCAACCUGGCUCCAGGGGGAAAUACUGGAAAUGUCGUGUACGACUUCUUCAUUGGCCAUGAACUGAACCCCAGAAUUGGGAGCUUUGACCUGAAGUUUUUCUGUGAGCUCCGGCCAGGCCUUAUUGGUUGGUUGAUGAUAAAUCUGGUUUUCCUAACGGAGACAUACCGUCAGACAGGCGCCUUUUCCCCAGCCCUGACGAUGGUAGUACUGUUCCAGGCUCUGUAUGUGGCCGAUGCCCUGUGGUUUGAGGAUGCUAUUCUGACCACGAUGGACAUUAUCUCGGAUGGCUUUGGUUUCAUGCUGGUGUUCGGGGACCUGGUAUGGGUUCCCUUCCUGUACUGUUUACAGACUCGCUUCCUGGCAGAGCACGGUGAAUCUCUUUCCUGGUACUGUCUGGUCGGAAUUGCAGUCCUUAACUUGGUUGGAUAUACUAUAUUCAGAGGCAGCAACUCUCAGAAAAAUGAAUUCAGGAAGAACCCAUACAAUCCAGCAUUAGCACAUUUGGAGACUAUCCCUACAUCAACAGGAAAGAAACUCUUAGUGUCAGGAUGGUGGGGACUGUGUAGAAAACCAAAUUACCUGGGAGAUAUUAUUAUGGCACUGUCUUGGUCAUUGGCCUGUGGUUCCAGCACCCCUUUGCCUUAUUUCUACCCAGUGUACUUCACAAUUCUCCUAGUCCACCGAGAAAUGCGGGACUCUGAACACUGUGCCAAGAAGUACAAAGCAAGCUGGGACCGGUACUGCGAGCGCGUCAAGUACAGAAUAUGUCCAUUGGUCUACUGAGGGAAUAAGAACAAAAAGAAACUAGUUUUAGUCUAAGCAAAUUUUAUCAAACCACGGAAUUCAGAUUUGUGUCAUGAAGGGGAGUAAUACAUGUACAUUAGUAAUUAUAAUGAAAAUAUUUUAAAUUUUAAUUGUGUGAUUUUAUUCAACAAUUUUUACAUAGAAUUACUGAAGUGUUUUAAUAUCUUUUUACUUUUUUUAAAAUUGGUGGCAAUAUGACAAGUAUCUCAGGGCUGUACUAGUAUUAGGAUUGUAUGUACAGAUUUGCCAUAGGUAUAAGUGUCAUAUUUAAUCCAUUUUUAUUUAUUCAUUGAACAUUUCUGUAGCAGAAAUUGUUUAGUAGAUAAUGAUGUACAAUUUUAAGUUCAUGUCCCACAUAUUUUGUAAAUAAUGUAAAUAGCUGUAUAUAAAAUGUGUGCUAAUUACCUUUGAAACCAAAUCCUUUGUGAAGAAAUUUAAAUCUGUGGUCUUUGGUGUUAUGUUUAUUAUGAAAUUUUGACUUGAGAAUUAUGUUUUGCAUUUAUUGCCCAUUGUAAUUAUGAAUGUUGUUAUAUACUUAUUGUGAUCAACAUUUAAUCAAUCGGUGUACCAAAAAAAUGUUAAAGGAAGGAUAAAGAAAAGCUGAAAUUAAAAACAAUACUCUUGUG